AAACGUCAGGGGCCCAGAUUACGUCAACUCUGCUCUUAAAGAGGCCCUUCGGAGAUUGCGGACUUCAUUUCCCAGAAUUCCUUCCCAUUGGCCAUGCAGGCGGAGUCUUCUGGCAGUGGAAGUCCAAGACCCCUAGAAGAGCCUGUGAAAGGAAGUUUGUGUUGUAAAGCCCUGGUUUCUCUCUCACGGAGCAACUCCCUCACGUGCCCCUUCCUGCCUCAAAAGUUUCUUUUCUGAGGGGAAGAGAGCGAGGCGGCUCUCCCCUUCUCCCUCGGGGCUCCUCUCUGAAGGCCUAACUCCUCGUCUUGGAGGCCUCAAACCGACCCUAAGGCAGGCCUUUGCCCUUCUCAACAUGGCCGCCCUCGUAUUUUGCAACGCCUGCUUCCAGAAACCCCAGGGCGCCACUCUCAAGUUCAGCCUGACUAGUUGCGGCCAUGUUUUCUGUGAGCCUUGCCUCCAGAAAGGUAAAAAAGAUGAGUGUCUGAUUUGUAGAGCUCCUUGUCGUACAAUACUACUUUCGAAAAAGAUGAGUCCAGAUAUCCAGGCACUGUUUAUGGGAAUAGAUGGGUUGUGCACAAAGUACUCCAAAGAACUAACCCAAAUUACCCAAUUCCAGGAAAAACACAGACAGCGACUAUCAGCAUAUUACAAAGGAAAGAUUACAAAACUUGAAGGAUAUCUUAAGAGAGCAACACAACACAUUCAGCAAAUGCAACAGCAGCAGCAUGGUGGUUCAUCAGUGGAAGUAGAUUAUAUGCCAGCAUCAGUCAGGAAAGUUGACACAGUGGCUGGACCGACAAGGAUAUCAUUGAUAAGCCCACCUCACGAUGGACAUAUGGGUAGUGUUUCCUGCAGGAGUUCUCAAUUGCCUGGAAACAGUUCAUGCCACAUGAAUUCAUCAGGGUCAAUAAGGUCAUCGCCGUUACGAAUACCAACCAAUAGGACUUCAUAUAUGUCACAAUUUGCAUCAUCACAAGAUAAUAGAAGUCACAUGCCAAAUGCUUUUGGCCCAAGAACUGCUCAGCACUAUCCAUCAUCUUCGCUCUCAGCAAUGACAAAACACUCAGUUAGUUUUGGCAGUCUUUUACAAAGACAACAUUCAGGAUCUGGUAGUGUUCCAGGACAUUCAUUACAAAAAUAAAUAUAUCUGCAAGUUUCGUAAAACAAGACAGAAAACCAUCCACUAUAUACUUUUUAAAAGUGUAUUUAGAAGUAUGUAAAAUUGAUCCCAUUGUAUAUUAAGUAGUAAAUUACAGAAAAUAUAAUUGUAUAAAAUAUCUUGAUUAAAAAUUGUUGAACAAUU